AUGUUCCCAGUAAUUUCCCGCCAUCAUCUGUGGUGGGUUGGGGUUCAGAGGAGAAUCUGCCUGAGCCAACCAGUGCUGAGCCGACAGCGCAUUGAGCAGACGCACGUCAGAGUUGGAGACCGGGCUGAACUCAGCAGGGUCUUCACACAGAGGGACGUGGCUGCCUUCUCAGAAUUAACGGGGGAUGUCAAUCCUUUGCAUUUAAAUGAAGAUUUUGCAAAACACACCAAGUUUGGAAAGACAAUUGUACAUGGAGUUUUGGUCAAUGGACUUAUUUCAGCUCUCCUGGGAACUAAAAUGCCAGGGCCAGGCUGUGUAUUACUUUCACAGGAAAUUAGCUUUCCAGCCCCUUUAUAUGUUGGAGAAGUUGUUUUAGCCUCCGCAGAGGUGAAAAGGCUAAAGCGAUUCAUUGCCGUUAUUGCCGUGUCAUGUUUUGUAACAGAAAGUGAAAAGACUGUUAUGGAAGGCUGGGUUAAAGUUAUGGUCCCAGAAACUCCCCAGUCCUGAACUGUGUUUAAAGAUGCACAUUCAGGUGCCAGUGGUACUGUUCUAGGGCCUUUGAGGAAAAGGGAUUGCUGCUCUUCCCCGAGGGAUGGCUUAUAGACCGAGAAGCCCGUGUUGCGGGAGGGGAGCAGGUAGAGGGACGUUCCAAGGUCCACUGUCCAGUUUGGUUUUAUGCUUCACAGACUUGAGUAUAUUCAUCAUCUGUUUUUGAAAUGGAAAAAAUACCAGGAAGGUUAUUUAGCCAAAGGUUUUACUUUUAGGAUUUCACAUGUAGUUAGAUUUGCAUUUGAGUAACAAACCUGCCUCUAUCUGUACAGAGUAAGUUUGUGACUGAAUUUAUAACUAGCAUUUUUUUUUUUUUUUUUUUUUAAAUAUAACUAGCAUUUAAUUACUGAAGGCAGCAGCAGAAGUCAGGUCAUCUCUGAGCACCUACCUUCUACCAGUCCGGGUACUUAGAUCCUGUCUUUCAGCAGUCUCUGGGUCAGAGUUUAUCGUAAUUUGUUACUAUUUACACCACAAUGGCACCUUGUUCCAUCUUCAGUGGCAUUUGCCUUUCGGAUGGUUUCCCCGUGAUUAGAGAAGGGCUUAUGUGCACGUUUGGACUCAUUUAUGUAAACUGUCUCAAUCUCACGUAUACAACAGGGAUGAUAACACCUACCACAGGACCGUUGGAGAUGCUACGUACAAAUAGCUAAGCGCAAAGUCCAGCCGCUCAUCCAUUCUCCCCGUGAAUGAGGUCAGAGGUUUUCCCAAGUUUAGAGCAAACUAGCCCACAAUUAAACAGGUGACAGACUCAUUUUUCAAGAUGUUAAUCAGUCUAAACCUGGAAUAGAGUUGGAAUGCAAAAUUUCUAUUUUAGUAAUCCAGAUUAUUUUCUCCCUCCCUUGAAAACACUGUGGAUUUCCCCCUGUAUAAAUAAUACAUGUUUAUUGUAAAGAUAUUAUAAAUAAAAAGUAUAAGGAAU